AUGAUGCUUCACUUAACAUCACAGCACAUACGUUAUAUUUCACAAGAACUAGACGCAGAGCGUCGCACGCGAGAUCGAAAUAUCCGCAAAGAAAAAUCAGAAACAUUUAACAAACGUGGUAAUCGAGCAUUUCGUGAAGGUGAUUUAGGUAAAGCAUUAACUUACUACAAUCAAUCCAUAGAGCAGAUCAAAGAUAAUUCUCUGGUGUAUACAGCACGUGCAAUGGCUUACAUGAAUAUGAAUCGUUUUGAAAAUGCUGAAGAAGAUUGUAAAUUAGCCUUAAAACAUGAUCCAAAUUCCAUUCGAGCUGGCUUAUAUAUGAUUAAAUGCUACAUUUACUUAAAUGAUCGAUCGUAUGAGAGUUUAAUUCGAGAACUCAAAUAUAAAAAUCCUGAUCAAAGUGCGCUAAUUGAUGAAUAUGUACGUGAAGUAAAGGGUAGUUUGCAUGCUCAACUAAAAUUAGAACACGUUGAAGAACAUAUUAAUUCAAUGCCAAAACGUGAAAAGAAAAAACCAAAAGUAAAAGAAGUGAGUCGUGUUACUAAACGUGAAAUGAAACGUGAAUGACAUUGGCAAAAACCAAUAUUAUUAUUGGUAGUGAAGUAAUUUAUUGUUGUAAAAUUAUUUAUGUUUUACUGAAAAUGUUUUGUCCAUAUCGUUUAAUAAUUUUCAACCACGAAUUAUUAAAUCAGAAGUAAAUCUAUCGGGAAGAAGGGAAU